GUAGUUACUGGUUUUAAUGGAGGAGGUUUUGAAGAAAUGGAAGAAGUAGCAGUGCAAAAAGAAAUUAUCAAUAUUUCUGAAAAAUCUGUUCCUGUUCAAGUACUUCAGGAUAAUACCAUUUAUGUAGAUUCGGAGCAAGAAGUUCAGUUUGAAUUAGAAUUGGAAAUGAAUGAAGUAGAUGAGUAUGAAGAAGAAACAAAUUCAUUUCAUGAUUUCAAUUUUGACGAAAGAGAAGAAGCGGUUUCAUCGCCUGUAAUUGAGAUAAAAGAUAAUGUAUCAAAUGAUAACAGCGUAUCGCGUUCUAGAAUUUUGAAUGAAUUAAGUCUCGAUUUUAGCAAACCUUUUGAGUUUGACGAGGAAGAAGAAGAUUUCAAUCUAGGUUCUUUGGUAGAUAAAUCAAAAAAAACAAUUUCGGACUCUAAUAUCAAUAUUAUUGGAGAAAAUAAAAUGACCGAAAAAAAUAUUUGUUAA